AUGAGUGGGCAAGGAAAGGUGGUGUGUGUGAGUGGAGCUUCUGGGUACAUAGCUUCAUGGCUGGUGAAGCUCUUGCUCCAACAUGGCUAUACUGUCAAAGCAACAGUUCGUAACCCAAACGAUCUAACGAAGACGGGACACUUGCUGGCACUUGAUGGAGCUAAGGAAAGGCUCCAUUUAUUCAAAGCAGACUUAGUUGAAGAAGGGUCUUUUGAUUCUGUAAUUGAGGGAUGUGAUGGUGUUUUCCAUACUGCAUCCCCAGUUGCAGUGGAAGUAUCUGAUCCCCAGGCAGAAUUAAUCGAACCUGCAUUGAGAGGAACAAUUAAUAUUCUAAGGUCAUGUGCAAAAGUUCCAUCUGUCAAAAGAGUGGUUGUAACGUCAUCUAUGGCUACAGUUGUGUUCAAUGGGAAAUCUCUAACUCCUGAUGUGCUGGUUGAUGAGAGUUGGUUUUCGAAUCCGCUUCUCUUGGAGCAAUCAAAGCUAUGGUACAUGCUUUCAAAGACCUUAGCCGAGGAGGCUGCUUGGAAGUUUGCAAAAGAGAAUGGUAUUGACAUGGUUACAUUGAAUCCGGGGUGGGUGAUCGGUCCUCUCUUACAUCCUACUCCUAGCCUAAGUGUGCAAGAAGUUCUGAAACUCAUAAAAGGAGCUCAAACAUUUCCCAAUACCCCAUAUACAUGGGUGGAUGUUAGAGAUGUUGCCAGUGCACAUAUUCAAGUAUAUGAGCUUCUGGAAGCUAGUGGAAGAUUCUGUUUGGUAGAGACUGUCUCAGACAGUUCUGAGACACUGAAGAUCUUGCACAAGUUCUACCCUGCGUUACAUAUCUCUGAAAAGCCUGCAGAUGACAAACCUUAUGUGCCAGCCUUUCAGGUAUCCCAGGAGAAAGCAAAAGGCUUGGGUAUUCACUUCACUCCUCUGGAGGUGUCCCUCAAGGAUACCAUAGAAAGCUUGAAGGAGAACAACCUCAUCAGUUUCUGAUUCAAUUUUUUGGCUGCCAUGCAAACAAACCACUUAUUAAUAGUGUACGGAAUACCAUAUAUUGU